CUGGUUUCCACCUAAAAACCUGCCCGCUGUCCUUCCGCAGUACUGAGGGCAGAAGAGAAGGUAAGAGCAGGGCAGUAGUGAAAAGACAUCUAAGGUAUUUGCAGCCAACAUGCGACCACUCAUGAAUACGAGGGUAAAGCACUUUGGAGCAUGGGCAUUGUGGGCAGUCCUAGUCCUGACCUAUUUCGGCCAGCAUGCAGGACUCAGGCUGGGGGCGUGGUGUGCUGACUCGGGGCCCUUCUCCAUGCGGGCAGUGCCUCCGUGGGCUCUGAUUGCCAUUGCCGUGGUUGCUGGCCUGCUGCUUCUCACCUGCUGCUUCUGCAUCUGCAAGAAAUGCUGCUGCAAGAAGAAGAAGAACAAGAAGGAGAAGGGGAAGGGUAUGAAGAAUGCCAUGAACAUGAAGGACAUGAAGGGUGGUCAGCUCUUUCAGGAUGACGAUGAUGCGGAGACAGGCCUGACUGAGGGGGAAGGGGAAGGGGAAGAGGAGAAAGAGCCGGAGAACCUGGGCAAGCUGCAGUUCUCCCUGGACUAUGAUUUCCAGGCUAACCAGCUCACUGUGGGAGUCCUGCAGGCUGCGGAGCUACCUGCCCUCGACAUGGGGGGCACCUCAGACCCUUAUGUCAAAGUCUUCCUCCUUCCAGACAAGAAAAAGAAAUAUGAGACCAAAGUCCAUCGGAAGACUCUGAACCCAGCCUUCAAUGAGACCUUCACUUUCAAGGUGCCAUACCAGGAGCUAGGGGGCAAAACUCUGGUGAUGGCCAUCUAUGACUUUGACCGCUUCUCCAAGCAUGACAUCAUUGGGGAAGUAAAGGUGCCCAUGAACACUGUGGACCUCGGCCAGCCCAUCGAGGAGUGGAGAGACCUGCAAGGCGGGGAAAAGGAGGAGCCAGAGAAGCUGGGUGACAUCUGCACCUCCCUGCGCUACGUGCCCACUGCAGGGAAGCUUACCGUCUGCAUCCUGGAGGCCAAGAACCUCAAGAAGAUGGAUGUGGGCGGCCUUUCAGACCCCUAUGUGAAGAUCCACCUGAUGCAGAAUGGGAAGAGGCUCAAGAAGAAGAAGACAACAGUGAAAAAAAAGACCCUGAACCCCUACUUCAAUGAGUCCUUCAGCUUUGAGAUCCCCUUCGAGCAGAUUCAGAAAGUCCAGGUGGUGGUCACUGUGCUGGACUAUGACAAGCUGGGUAAGAAUGAAGCCAUUGGCAAGAUCUUUGUAGGCAGCAAUGCCACAGGCACAGAGCUGCGGCACUGGUCCGAUAUGCUGGCCAACCCCCGGAGGCCCAUUGCCCAGUGGCACUCGCUCAAGCCUGAAGAGGAGGUGGACGCACUUCUGGGCAAGAACAAGUAGGCGGCAGCAGCUGGGAUCCAGCACCCUUCACGGACACUGACAAGAUCCAGAGCUAUCAAUACCUCAGUUGUGCAACCUUAGAGGUUUUGUUUUGAUCUGUCUGUGAUUGUAUACUUGUUUUUCUUUCUUCUCUUUUUAAAGACCAACUUUCCCUUUGAUGGCUAUGUGAGGAGAGUCCCCUAAGAGGUAAAAGAGAAGCCUGACUCUGUUCAUCAUCCUAGGAACUGUGCUUGCUGCAUGCCCUGUCAUGGUUCCCUCUCACUCUUCCAGUGCUUUACUUAAGUUUCACCCGAGUGAGGCACUCUACUGGCAAAGUUGCAGCACUUGUUUUUUGCACAUUCUGGACCAACAAAAUGGAGGCACAUCCUGUUUCCUGACAGCGAAGGCAGGGCAACACAGUGGCCAAUGGUUGUGUGUGUGUGUGUGUGUGUGUGUGUGUGUGUGUGUCUGUCUGUCUGUCUGUCUGUCUUUGUCUUUGAGUAUCUCUCUUCAAGCCUGGGAUGAGUCAUGGAUAGUGAAGCUAUAUGGGAAGAAAAUGUUCUUCGGGGACCUUGACAUGAAGGAAAUCCACUGAUGGUGGAAGAUCUAUCAGCUUGUGGAAAAGGCUCAAAAUUGUGUUCAGAUGCCAGAAGCUCCUACCUUCCUUGUAGAUGGCUCUUUGGGAGGCAGCAAGAUGGGACAGGAUGUGUCCAGAACGAGGACCAAAGCCCUGAUGCCAUCAUAGACUUCCUCCUGUUGGUCACAGCUUCUCUAGAAGUGGGGGUUUUGAAACAUUCAUAGAAAUAAACUAUUCUAGCUUGGUCAGACUCUUAACAGGGACUGUCAGUCCUAGGAUCUCACUCUUACUGACAGUGAAUAUCAAAACUAUGAAGAAACAUCAAGGUCUCUUUAUUCAGAAAGACCAAAAUUAAAACUCUUGCAUCAUGGCCCCUACCAGUGGGAAACACAGAUGCUUUCACUCUCUCCAGAAUCUAAGCAGUACCAUGCAUUUUUUCUCCAUUGUGCUUUUGCUUCAAUUUCUCUUUUAAGUGGAGCAACUUGUCUGAAGACAUGUUAUAUGUACAAAGCCAGAGAACUUUUGAGAAGAAGGCUUAAAUGUUCUUAGUUUCCUUGAGGUCCAGGUAAGAAGGGGGUGGUAAAAAGGGGAGAAUGAUGGACAGAUGACGGGAGUUUCUGGGAUGGGAACAUUUGGAUUCCUCCAAUGCCCGCCCAUUCCUUGUUCUUUGAACACUCUGCUGUCUAUACUGUAGGACUUUUAAGUAGUGAGGUGGAUCAUGGAGGCCUGUGAAGAGGCCCCAGCCUAACAUUCAUUAAUCUUUUCUCUAUGAAUGCUAAGAUGGUGGUGGAGGAAACCUGCCAGGGUUUCUACUCCAUUUUCAGUUGUCCCCUUCCUCAUUUACCUCUUGUCCCCAGCAUUGAUUUUUAAAAAGCCAUAUAUAUGUUGGUCAAAUUUGCACUGAGUCUCCUUUAGCCCAGUCAAGAAAGUCAGGUCCCCAUAUGGCCAGAGGUCAGCUCUCUUUGUCUCUCUUCUCUUAGCCUCUCUUUUCUGUCUUCAAUCUUCAGACCCUUGCCAUUUCCUCACCACAGAAAACUCACAGCUUCCCUGGAAGCUUGGGAGUCACAUUCCCAAGAAAGAUGGCAGCACUUCCUGUCCUUCCCCAUCUGAGCCACUUUAUCUUCCUGUAGGCACCUGAGAUGGAAUGAGAGUGUUGGAAUCAGGCUUUGAGACCCCAGAGUGUGUUAAAGAAGUGAAGAGGGUAUUAGAUUUUGCUUUGUUGUUAUUCAAGUAGGGAGUGAAGGAACAUCUCCACCAGAAAGAGACUGGAAAGAAAGUCUUUGCUGACCUGAGACUGACCCUUCUCUUUUCUGCUAGUGCUAUAUGGGAAGUCAUGUGUUUUAUAUACCUUAUGUGUACAUACCUACUAGGAAGGCAGCAGAAUAAUACAAAUAUGAGCUCUAGUCCUUGGGAUCAGAGUUAUAGUCAUGGUAGAGAGUUGCAGGACAAUAGAGUGCCUUUAGAAUCUGGG